GAAGAAGAAGAAGGGAUUGGGCCAUGUUACAGAGUGCGAGUAGACUGCAUGACAGAGAUGCACUGACAUGAGAUUCUCAUAGUAACCAGCCUCCUUCAUUUGCAAUCAUAACCGAAUGCUAGUUCCAUGUUGAUUUCUAUAACUUGCUAUAUCUUUGUUUCCAUGCAUUAGGCUUGUUUGUAAACAAAGGUCAGGCAACGUAGCUAGCACAGCACACGUUUGGCUAAAUGCAAAACAUGUCGCACGUACCUCAAUGUCCGACCUACCUCAAACUGCACCAGCCUACGUUGUUAGAUAGUUGGAUGUGUCUUGUAAUAUCUGAGGGUGGACAUUUAAACCUACAACCGCUGUAAAAUAUAGUUUAAAUGGCAAAGCGCCGCGGUUUCAGUUCGUCCCUUGUUCCGUACACGUCAUCUGUCUGCGACACUACGGAAAUUGUGAGGUGGCAGCUAGCUAGUUAGCGGACCUACCUCCGACAUGUCUGCCAUAUUUAACUUCCAGAGCCUGCUGACAGUGAUCCUAUUGCUCAUCUGUACCUGUGCCUAUCUCAGAGCCAUGGCACCCAGUCUCCUGGACAAGAACAAGACCGGGGGACUGGUAUCAUUCAGCAGUGAUAUGGUGCUGAGUGUGUUUAGACAAGCAACUGAACCAGCUCUUCUCCUCUUUUGGCUAAAUAAAGGGAAGACAAGACGGGGGAAAAUAGGAAGAGUGCUGGCUGAACCAAUCCUCUUGGGUAUCUUCUGGAAAUGUGCUAGAAUAGGCGAGAGGAAGAGUCCGUACGUGGCGGUUUGUUGUGUCGUCAUGGCCCUCUCCAUCCUCUUCUCCGACUAGCAACCUGCCCUGCCACGCCCUGCACGCUGGGAUUCCUAGUGGCGGAAUAAAGAAGACUGAGUCAUUCAGGAGAAGCAGGAGCAGUAUCUCCACUCUCACAGAGGAGGCCUGUAUGGGACACCGCUGUGUUUCUCUUCGGUGGGGUGCCGCGGGGGGCACGGUUAAUGGACUGUAGUUACACAUAGGGACCCACUCUAGAGAAAAACACAAGCCUCCCUCUUCCAUCCCUCCUUCUCCAUCACUCCCUCCAUCCUUCUCCUGGUGGCCAUUUCACAGUUUAGCCUCAAUCAGUUGUUAACCAACAGCCUCCUGGAUCUCUCUGUAAACACUGCCAGUUGUUGUUGUUGUCCUCUGAUAUUAACCGUAGGGAUUGCCCCAUGUUUUUCACUGCACUCUGAUUUAUAAUGAGGUCCAUAUGGUAGAUGGACAGAUUUUACAGAGGAGUGUUUUGAUGGUUGACUGUUUUUCUGUACAUAAAAGACUCCAUUGAUUAGACUAUUGGACAGUUGUGCCUUUCUGUAACCCAGGAUUCAGUUUUUUCAUUGAUCACUGGGGUAUGUCACGAAGUGGAUACAUUUCAGAAACAUUAACCCCGUAAUCACCUUAAAUUCUCAUUCAGAAAAUAAGUAUUUGAUUAGUGUUAACUAGCUAACUGAUUGAUCCUGUUUGGUGAAACGCGACCCUGAAAUCGUGAGAUCUGAUGGUCUGUGCAGCGCGACAGGCCGUGGGGCCGAUACGUAAGCUUAGAUCAGUGAUACUAUCAAGAGCAGUGUACGGUUUCCUUUUUCCCUCAUCUUGUGUAAUUGUUACCAUGCACCUGCAAAAAAGAUUGCUCGGAUGUGCGAGUGCCUUUUGAAUUACUGUGCAGCGCGACUGAAAUCAAUAGGACCUGGAACGUGCCCAGUAUGACACCACUACAGCCAAACUGUCAUUAAAUCUGAUGUAAAGACAA